AUGGCUCCCCCGACACCAUCUUCCCAUCGUCCGCGAAAGAAGAGAAAGUUCCUCUCUUCUCCCACAGGGUCGAAUAAUAACCUCAUCCUUGAGGAUGAGAGCGGGAAAUCAACUCCUGCAUUUCCUCUGGUCUCGUUUCUAUGGGCUGCUCGCGCUGGGGUAUCUCAAUGGCUUGUUCUGCCUUUGAUCCUGAUGGCAGUGGGCCUGUUUCGUUGGGCUGUCAGUCUAUGGGGUUACUCCGGCUUUCAAGUACCUCCGAUGCAUGGUGAUUUCGAAGCGCAGAGACACUGGAUGGAGCUUACCAUUCACCUCCCGAUGUCGAAAUGGUACCUCUACGAUUUGCAAUAUUGGGGACUUGAUUAUCCCCCCUUGACCGCAUAUCACAGCUGGCUGCUUGGAAAGAUUGGAAGCAUAAUUGAUCCCUCAUGGUUCGCCUUGGAUGCGUCGCGUGGCUUCGAAGAUCCCCGCUUGAAGGUGUUCAUGCGAGGAACUGUCGUUGCUUCCGAAUAUCUUGUCUACAUUCCGGCUGUCGUGAACUUCCUUCGCCGUUAUACUCGGAUGCAUGGCGUACCGGUCUGGUCCACCUCGAUUGCCCUGGUUGCGAUCCUCAUGCAACCAGCUACCAUGCUUAUCGAUCAUGGCCAUUUCCAGUACAACACUGUGAUGCUGGGUCUUGUUGUCGCGAGCCUGGACGCUAUACUAGCUGGACGCAUGCUCUGGGCAUGUCUCUUCUUCGUCGGUGCUCUGGGUUUCAAGCAGAUGGCGCUCUAUUACGCCCCGGUUAUGUUCGCCUUUCUGCUCGGCAUCUGCACCUUCCCCCGAAUCCGGAUUCUUCGUCUUCUGAGCAUAGCCAUCAUCACACUUCUUGCGUUCGCAUUAUUGUUCGCUCCAAUGCUUGUAGCGGUGACUAGUACUGGAACCCGAGAUUAUCUAAGUGCUGCUCCGCAGCCACCUCUGCUUCAAGCUUUCCCGAUCAAGCUGGAUAAAGACUCGGUGCUCUAUGCGCCCGUUUUCCAACUGGCGCAGGUAAUCCAUCGUGUGUUCCCUUUUGCCCGUGGGUUGUUUGAAGACAAGGUUGCCAACGCAUGGUGCGCAAUCCACACAUUCUACAAGCUUCACCGGUUUGAGGCUGGGCUUCUUCAACAAGUGUCGCUGGGCGCCACACUCGCCUCUAUUCUAGUUCCCUGCGCUAUUGUUUUCCGCCAUCCUCGAGCGUCACUGCUGCUUCCGGCGUUGGCAAGUGUCGCGUGGGGCUUCUUUUUGUUCUCCUUCCAGGUCCAUGAGAAGAGCGUAUUAUUGCCAUUACUCCCAAUGACACUUCUCCUUGCCAGCGAUGGUGGUCUGGCCAAGGAUACACGCGCGUGGGUUGGAUGGGCCAAUGUCCUUGGCUGCUGGACGAUGUAUCCCCUCCUCAAACGCGACGAGCUCCGAGUCCCAUACUUCGUCAUGACGGGUUUAUGGGCUUACCUUCUCGGUCUUCCCCCAACCUCAUUCGAGAUAUACCGCAGUCGAGCUUCCUCGGAUGAAUCGGGACAUGUCUCCGAACCUCAUAUCUUCACGAAACUCCUACAUUCCUGUUUUUAUCUCGCUAUGAUCACCUGGCAUGCUUUGGAGGCCUUUGUACCUCCGCCGCCUGGCAAGCCCGAUCUAUGGGUUGUUUUAAAUGUUCUCAUUGGUGCCGGUGGCUUUGGGAUUGCUUAUCUCUGGUGUAUGUGCAGACUCAUCACACGGUGUUGGCAGAUGGAGCGCAGGGUCGCUGAAGAGGAGAGCCGCAAGAAGAAACAGUGA